CACAUUUCAAUUUGCAUUCGUUUGCACACUUCUGCUUUAGCAUGGCCCACGUCCACGUCAUCAACGCCAACCUCGAGAACCCGUCGACGGACGUGCUCUACCACCUCGGCCUCUCGUACUCGGAGGCCGAGCGCGACGAGUUCCGCGCCAUCUUUGGCGACAUCAAGUUCUUCGUGUGCGGCGGUAGCGCCGAUCGCAUGAAGACGUUUGCGCUCAAGCUCGCCGAGACGCUCGGCAUCAAGGCGCCGUUCGGCUACAGCCUCUCGCACAUUGGCUCGACGUCGCGCUACACGACGUACAAGGUCGGCCCCGUCCUCAUCGCCAACCAUGGUAUGGGCAUGCCGUCGAUCUCGAUUCUCCUCCACGAAGUCACCAAGCUCCUCGAGUACGCCGGGGCCCACGACGCGAUCUACAUCCGCAUGGGCACGAGCGGCGGCGUCGGCGUCGAGGGCGGCACCGUCGUCCUCACGUCCGAGGCGCUCAACCACGAGCUCCGCCCCGUGCACGUCGUGCCGAUCCUUGGCAAGCUCCACGAGCGCCCGGCUGUCCUUGACGCGGCCGUGACGGCCGAGAUCGCGGCCAUCUGCGACGAGAUCUCGGUCCCGUACGCGAUCGGGAAGACGCUCUGCGCCGACGACUUUUACGAGGAGCAGGGCCGCCUCGACGGCGCGAUCUGCGAGUACACGAACGAAGAGAAGCUCGCGUUCCUCCAGGUGUGCCACGACGCUGGCACGCGCAACAUUGAGAUGGAAAGCCGCCUCUUCGCUGCGUUCACGCACAAGCUCAACAUCCCCGCGGCCGUCGUCUGCGUCACGCUGCUCAACCGCCUUGAAGGCGACCAGGUCACCAAGCCUCACUCGGUCUUGGAGGAGUACGACCUGCGCCCGAUGUCGGUCGUCCUUGCCUACAUCAAGUCCAAGCUCCAGUAACAAUCUACUCCUCGUCUGUAUAACUCUGUAACCAUUGUCCACUCG